AUGCGCAUUGGUGGUCUCUUUGUGGUAUGGCUCAUCACCCACGUCGUAUCGUGGGAUGCUGACGAGUUGGCCUUGUACGAUUUGGUAGAAGAAGUUAACCAGAAUUUCUACGAAUUCUUUGGCAUAGUGCAGAGUGCUAGCUUGUCUGAUGUAAAGAAGAGCUAUCGCCGCUUGAGUCUUGAAUGGCACCCAGAUAGGAACAAGGCCGAAAAUGCAUCACAAAAAUUUCGUCAGGUCGUUUCGAUCUACGAGGUUUUAAAAUCGCCUGAAAUGCGGGAAAAGUACCACGAGAUCCUGGUCAACGGGUUGCCGACUUGGCGAAGCGGCGUGUACUACUACAGACAUGUCCGAAAAAUGGGUCUCUGGGAAGCGUUGCUUCUACUAUUCAUCUUGAUGACUGGUGUGCACUACCUGAUGUUAUGGGGUGUUUAUUUCGAAAAAUACCUUGUUGAGACUCAGCGAAAGGUCAAAGUCAAGAAGGAAAAGGAACGGGCCGCAAUACUGGAGCAAGAGGCUGAACGGGUCGAGCAAGUACUCUACGGUUACCGUCCAACAUUCAACAUGAUGUUGCCGGCUUUGAUGUGGAGAGGCUGUCUUGUUUCCGUCGAAUUGGUGAGGGAACUGCUCAAGAAGGAGGAUCCUCCAGAGGAGCCAGAGCCCGAAAAGAUCCCUGAGCCAAUCAAGCCUUCGCAACCCAGACCUGUCUACACAUUCGAAAUGGCUGACGACAUCAAGCCGGUGCUAAUCCAGGACGAGGACGCUAAGAAGAAAUACGAAGAUGAGCAACUGAGGAGGGAUGCAAAAUACACAAAGAAGGCGGCCUGGACUUGCGAAGAGCUUGUCGCUUUGGUCAAGCUGAACACUGAGAAAUUCCCCGCUGGCACACCCAAUCGUUGGGAGCUCAUCGCACAAGCCCUCGAUCGGACACCUGAAGAUGUGACAGUUAUGGAUGAGUACAACAAGCUGCUCACCGGGCAAACUAGUAACGCUGUGACAUCUUCAGUACGGGCUGGCCAAAUUGAGUCACCAAACGACCAGUUGAAGAGCGAUUGGACUCAAGAAGAACAGAAGUCGCUGGAAGCUGCCCUAGUGAAGUACACCAAGGCUCACGACAAACGAUGGGAAGCCAUCGCCUCUGAAGUGGGCACACGAUCCAAGGCCGAAUGCGUCGCCCGUUUCAAGUUCCUCUCUGAAAUGGUCCGCAAGCGCAAAGAUGCUUCGACA